AUGUUACAGGAACAUCCGGGACUACGUGGUACUCCAUUGGCAAUGCUUGCUGCUCAAUGUAAUAAACUGAGCAGUAAGAGUCCACCGCCUUUAGCAGACGCGGCUGUAGGGAAAGGCUUUCAUCCAUGGAAAAAAAGUCCGCAGAGCAGUGGGAGUUCACCACAACAUACCGGCGGUGGCUGUACAACAACAGGGGUGACCCAGAGACCAACAGCGACCAGUAGCGCAGGCAGCACCGGCGGUUAUGCGAGAGCACCAGUCACUUCUUGUGCUUCAACAGCUCCGCAGUAUGGUAGCGACUUGUACUUUCCUGGCACAGCAUCAGCACAACCAGCUAGUGAUUCACAUCAUCAUCAAAGUAGUCUUCUUGGCAAAGUUGAAGGAGCUACUCUUGGUUCAGUGUAUGGAAGACAUCCCUAUGAAUCAUGGCCAUUUAAUACAAUGCCUGGUGCUACCCAUGGUGGUAUCAAAGCUGGUGAUGGCUGGUGGGAUGUUCAUGGUGCUGCAACAGGAGGUUGGCUCGACGUUAGCGGUACCGUUGGAGUACAUGCACAAAUGGCUAAUUAUUCAGCUGAUUACUCAACAAGUCUUGCCUUAGCUGGAAAUCACUUACUCACUUCAGCUACAACUGCUGGUCAUAAUCUCUUACAAGAUACGUACAAGUCAAUGCUACCAGGUGGUCCUCCAGGAUUUGGACUUCACGCUCAUCAUGCUACAAGUGGUCCUGGAGGUGCUGGUAGUCCUCAAGGUGGAGCUGGUACUGGUGUAACUCAAGCACCAUCACCACGCUCUCAGAGGAGAUACACUGGUCGAGCAACCUGUGACUGCCCGAACUGCCAAGAAGCUGAGAGACUCGGUCCCGCCGGUGUCCACCUAAGGAAGAAGAACAUCCACAGCUGUCAUAUACCAGGAUGCGGCAAGGUCUACGGGAAGACGUCUCAUCUGAAGGCCCACUUACGGUGGCACACUGGUGAGCGACCGUUUGUUUGCAACUGGCUUUUCUGUGGCAAGCGGUUCACACGUUCGGAUGAGUUGCAGCGGCACCUUCGAACCCACACCGGAGAAAAGAGAUUCGCCUGUCCAGUCUGCAACAAGCGGUUCAUGCGCAGCGACCAUCUCGCGAAACACGUCAAGACCCACAGCAGCUCCAGCAGCAGCAGCGGCAGCAAGGGCAAGGGGGGAGCGGGGAGCUCCUCAGCCGAGUCCUGCUCAGACAGCGAGGACAACGGGAGUCAGCAGAGUCCCACUUCCAACAGCUCGGUGGUGUCAGUGGCGGCACAACAGGGGCCUCAGCAGCAAACUCAGGCCCUGUCGGGGGUACCUCAGGGAACUCCGGACUCCAACGUCUCGUCACAGACCACCGUUCACCAACCAACAACUCCCAUGACCCCAAUGCAAAUGACACCACCGCCCCUGACCCCACACCAUCCCCACCACCCACAUCUCCCACCUCUAAUGCACCAUCCACAUCAUCACGCAACCUCUGUUCCAGCGCAUCAUCCUCACGCGGGGAUGAGCAUGCACUGAGCCCGGUGGGGCCCGGAGCCGGUGGCUGCAAUAACAGUUCCCCAACGGCCCUGGGCUCCCCAUUAUCCUACCCCCUCAAUCUGAACCUUCUUCAACAUCAUAACCAUUCCCUACACCAUCAACAU